CUCCCUCGCGCAGUAGCGGAGAACGCGUUCGAGGCGUGCGUUCGACUUUCGGGCGGCGACGUACGCUAAGCGUGUGUCUUCAUUAUUGAUGCAAAAGUUCCACGAUGGUAGAUCAUAACCAAAAAUUAUUACAGGAGUUGUUAAAGAAACCCGGGAAUAAUGUGUGUGCCGAUUGUGGAAGCCAGGGGCCGGACUGGGCUUCUUAUAACCUGGGUAUAUUUAUAUGCAUGCGAUGUGCAAGUAUUCACCGCGGCAUGGGAGCGCAUAUCAGCAAAGUAAAACAUCUAGAUUUAGAUCGCUGGGAGGACUCACAAGUACAGCGAAUGAAAGAAGUUGGUAACGUCGCGGCAAAGAACAAAUACGAGGAGCGCGUACCGCCAUGCUAUCGGCGACCGACGAAGAACGACCCACAAGUUUUGAUCGAACAAUGGAUACGCGCUAAGUACGAAAGAGAGGAAUUUUGUCAUCCAGAACGUCAGAGUUACCUCUCUGGUACCAUGGUCGGAUUCCUCAUGAAGAGAGGCAAAGAGGACAGUCGCUAUCAGCUGAGAAAGUUUGUUCUCAACGAAAACGAGGACACAUUGAAGUACCACGUCAAGGAGAACAAGGAACCAAAGGGAGUGUUAAAAUUAUCUGAGCUAAACGUAUCUUUCGCCCCCUCUAAGAUUGGCCACAUGAACUCUAUGCAGCUGACUUUCCUGAAGGAUGGCUCAACGAGGCAUAUUUACGUGUACCACGAGGACCCGGAAGUCAUCAACUGCUGGUACACAGCUAUACGUUGCGCCAAAUUACACCUACUGCAAGUAGCGUUUCCAUCGACCCCUCAAUCCGACCUCAUUCUCCGUCUGCCCAAAGACUUCGCACGCGAAGGCUGGCUUUGGAAAACGGGGCCACGGCCGUCUGACGUGCACAGGCGGCGCUGGUUCACGCUCGACACCAGGAAGUUGAUGUACCACGACGAACCGCUGGACGCUUAUCCUAAGGGCGAAAUAUUUAUUGGCCACGAAUCCAACGGUUACCAAAUCAAAGUUUCAAACACGGGUAACGGCUGCAAGGAGGCGCGGUUCCCGUUCCACCUCGUGACGCCCGAGCGGACGUUCUGUCUCGCCGCGACCACGCACGAGGACAGAGCCGGCUGGCUAGCGGUCAUACAGCAAGCGCUGAAGAGACCACUCACACCGCAAGACUCCACGAUCGAAGCGACCCUCGUCCGGAAACGCACGACGUCAAAUUCGAUCAGCAUAUUCUCAGGGAGGUAGUUUAAUUUUAUAAACAUAUUUUAUAGAACUAUACCACAUAGAAAGUAUUCUCUAAGAAAUUAAACCGUAUUCAUCUCGCUUAAAAAUAUUUAAACGUAUUUCCAGUGCAAAACUAAUUAAUUAUUAUAAAUAUAUUAAUUU